UCUGGGUCACUGCACUGUGGGUGAGGAUCCUGCUGAGUUGAGACGCUGUGCCUGUGAGUUGCCGACAACUUGCGACAAGUAAAGAGCUACCAUGGCUGAUGAAGAUCCAGUUGAGGUUCCUCAGGAGCCUCUGGACUAUAUUGCCAUCCUGAAGAAAUCUCUGCUCACCGGCCAUGCUGCUGAUCACUAUCCUUUUGGAAUACCAUGUGUGCGCCUGGUGGACAUUCUGACCAUGAAGGAAAAAAAGCUUUUAAACUCAAAACCUCAAGUUGACCGCAACAAAGUGGUUCAGGAAAUUAAUAAUCUUCAUAAAGACUUCAUUAGGCUUACAGAAACUGUUGGUAAUUUGGUGCAAGAUAGUCGCCAUGAAGAGGUGUUGCAGUGCCUCAAGGACACCAUGGAUAAUGCCAGGCCUUCUUGGCAAAUGGUGUUCACGUGUCUAUCAGCUGUGGUUAAAGGAUCUCAAUCAACCCCUGCAAGUGCUGCUGCCGGCUACCUCCUUCUCCCACAGCUUCUCAAGAACUCAACGAUGCUUUUCUUCUUCUUGCAAAACCUGAAGCUUGCAAAACCCAACCCUAAGAAAGCAGGUUUUGGUCGUGGUCUGAAGACGGCAAUACGUCGCUGGUAUUACCAACUGACGCCUGAACAGCUGCUACUAGAGCUGUGGCACCGUCCGCACGCUUACAACUGGUCUCAUAAAGACGUCAUGAAACUCGUACAUAUACAACCGGAAGCUCUUCCUAUAGGAUUGCAGGUGAUCGUAUUUUGGUUCUUCAAUGACUUGGCCAAAACCAAGUCCAAGUACGCACCUGUGCAAGAUGCUGCAGUCUACGUAAACUACAUUGAUAACCUCGUCAAUAAGGAACAUGAAGGCUCGCUGCAGUUCCUGCGCGUUGAGAUGCUGCAGAAGCUGGAACCAACCAGCCAGUGUCGUCUGGUUCGCACGCAGGACAAGCUGCUCAGAGACUCCAAGGGUUACCCGCAUUUGCUGGAGAAGCUGGACUCCCCCAGCGUGAUCAUGGCGAGCAGCGACCCCUCGUUCAUCAUGACCAUGACUGAGUCCUCUGCCGAUGCUGAUGCCUACACCUCACCCCCGGAGCCCAGCGAGAUUCAAUGGUCAGCAUCACAUGCGCUGGUAGAGCAGCUGCAGCGUUCAGACCUGCCCAAGCAAGUCCCUCCUGUCAACCUCAUCAUCUCUGCCAACAACAUGACGCGCAGAAUAAAAAAUUCGCUGUCACCUCGCGGCAAGCAAGUGUGGCGAGGCGGUGUGCCGCUGCUGGUGUCGCCGCUCAGGAAGCAAGAGUUGUACAAGACGCCCAUCAUGGCCCACCUCCUGGAGCCUCUCAACCUCUACAGCUCCCUUGUUCACAAGGCUGCUCUUGAACAUUCUGUGGCUUCCUUAUUCCCGGACUUGUAUUUUGUGUGCGAGCCCAACAUGCAGCUGAGGAAAUUUAUUGACACGAUGCCCGGAUUCAACGUCCACAAGCAAGUAUGA